GAGGUCCUUCUGCUUUUAAGCACUGUGUUUUAUCUCUCUCUGUCUCUCCCUCCCUCUCUCAGUCUGUGUCUUUGAAGGACUCAGUUCUUAGUCUCCCUCUCUCAGUCUGUGCCUCUGAAGAACUCUUCCCUCUGUCUCUCCCUCCCUCUUUCAGUCUCUUAAGCUCCACAGCUCUGGCUUCUGAGGACUUACAAAAAGGAAGAGGGUCAGAAAUCUCCUUGAGUCUGACACCAAAGCCCAGCAGUAGAGCAGGACCAGCACGUCCACAGGAAGCCUUUGGGAGGAGCAGGACGCUGACGCGGGUCACCUGUGGGCAGGUGUGCUGAUGGCGCUCCGUCACGCUGCGGCCGCGCUGGCCCUGCUGGUGCUGCUGGCGGCCAGGCCCGGGCCCGGGAGGGCCGAGCCGGACAGGGCGGGGCGCAGGGGGGCAGGGUCUCAGAAGCGCCAGUCGCGCGCGUCAGAGGCCAGGCCCGGCCGCUGCUCCUACACCUUCAUCGUGCCUCAGCAGCGGCUGCAGGGGGCGCUGUGCGUGAGCACAGCAGCCGGCGGGGCAGAUAUGGGCGGGGCCAACCGCUCGGAGGCGGCCGCACUGCGGCAGGAGCUGAGGCAGCAGCAGCAGCAGCUGGAGCAGCUAAGAGGCGGGCUGGACGCUCAGCUGCAGGAGCUGCGCAGAGACAGCAGCAGCAUGAACGCCCGCAUCACCCAGCUCUACACCCAGCUGCUGCACGGCGUCAUCAACAAGAAGGACCAGGCGCUGGAGCAGCAGAGGCUGGAGACCCUGCUGCUCAACACCUCCACACAGGUGCUGCAGCUGUCUGCCAGGUACACAGAGCUGGAGCAGAAGUAUGAGGUGCUGUCCUCACUGGUGCAUAACCAGAGUGUGCAGCUGACACACAGCACCCCGGUGCAGCAGCCUGCAGAGCCACAGAGUGACAGUAUGGAGCCAGUAGAGGAGGUCAGUGACAUUCAGAGGGACCAGAGCCCCGCCCUCCCGCAGAGAGACCCGCCCACCACCACACACAGCCCCCCCACAGAUCACCCCUUCAUCAGCUACCCGGUCACCAAAACCCCAGGGCCGUGGCGGGACUGCCAGCAUGCUCUGGAGUCCGGUGAGCGCACCAGUGGCAUUUACCUGCUGCGGCCUCGCAACGCCAACCGCCUGCUGCAGGCCUGGUGUGAGGCCGGCUGGACCGUCAUCCAGAGGAGGCAGGACGGCUCCGUCAACUUCUUCAGAACCUGGGACCAGUACAAGCAGGGCUUUGGGAACCUGGACGGGGAGUACUGGCUGGGCCUGGAGCACCUGUACUGGCUCACCGCGCAGGCACAGUACCGCCUGCGGGUGGCGCUGGAGGACUGGCAGGGCCGGCAGGUGUUUGCAGAGUACGACAGCUUCCACCUGGAGCCCGAGAGCGACUGGUACCGGCUGCGGCUCGGCCGUUACCAUGGCAACGCCGGCGACUCCCUCUCAUGGCACAACAACAAAGCCUUCACCACACUGGACCGUGACAAGGACGCUUAUACUGGUAACUGUGCUCAUUACCAGAAGGGGGGCUGGUGGUACCACAUGUGUGCUCACUCGAACCUGAACGGGGUGUGGUACCGUGGGGGCCAUUACCGAAGCCGGUACCAGGAUGGGGUGUACUGGGCCGAGUUCCACGGAGGCUCGUACUCCCUGAAACGAGCUGCCAUGAUGAUCAAACCCAUCUAACCAAUCAGAGCACAGCUGGAGCUGCCCACCUCCAUGGAGACGGACGGAGCUGGGUGGGAGAGGGCCGGUGGGCAUCGCCAUGGGGACCGUAGAACAACUGAUCGCUGAGAGGCCAGUUAGAGACGGGAAGUUUCCAGCAGGGUCAGAGGGCCUCACGGGUGCCAGCAAUCCAGACACCACUCGCAGGAACACACAUGGGUCCCACUGAAAGUGAUAUACGCCAUUUUAAGGACACUUAAUCAGUUAUAUAUGUGUAUUAUAUGUAUAUGCAUCCUGAUUUGCCGUAAACAAGUAUGCUCUUUGUGUUUUGACUCAAGGGUUAUUGUACAAACACCAUGUUUACUGCCAACAUGGAGAAACAGCACCACUGAGGUUUUUAACAUUUCAGAUCUGCAUCAA